AGAUAAGCUACUGUAAAGGACAGACCAGAGAAGCUCUUGUGCUGCUCUCUCCAUACAGACACUUUGCUCUCUCUAAUGUGCAGUAACGAUGAGCCCAGCCUUCGGAGCCAUGGAAGUGGAGCACUACGCAAAGGGAGUCCUGCUAGAGCCUUUUUUACACCAGGUUGGGGGACAUUCUUGCGUCCUUCGCUUUAAUGAUAAAACAAUCUGUAAGCCACUAAUUCAAAGGGAGCAUCUGUUUUAUGAAACACUCCCUGCAGAGAUCAGGAAGUUUACACCACAGUAUAAAGGUGUGGUGUCUGUGAGUUUUGAAGAAGAUGAAGAUGGAAAUCUGUGUUUGAUAGCUUAUCCUUUAAAUGGCGACCAGGACAACCUGGAAAAUGUGGACUAUUCAGAUUGCAGUGAGCCUAAAAGUAAACUUUCCAGAUGGUCUCAUAAAAAAGCUCUUCUAUUAGAAAAUGACAACCUUACAAAGGAAAGACUUCGGCAGCACAGAAAAGAAGACAAAAUGAAAAGCCAUAAACUGGAUGAAGAAUUGGACUGGGUGAAAAAGUCUGAAGUUUUAUAUUACAGCGUAGAGAAAAAAGGGAAUGUUAGUUCACAGUUCAAGCACAAUCCCUGGAGUAUGAAAUGCCACCAACAGCAGCUUCAGCGCAUGAAGGAAAAUGCCAAACACAGGAACCAAUACAAAUUCAUAUUGUUGGAAAAUCUGACCUGCCGACACCAAGUUCCAUGUGUUUUGGACUUAAAGAUGGGUACUCGGCAGCACGGAGACGAUGCAACCGAGGAAAAGAAAGCCAAUCAAAUUAGAAAGUGUCAACAGAGUACAUCCGCGAUCAUUGGCGUGCGAGUGUGUGGUAUGCAGGUCUACCAGACGGGCACGGGGCAGCUUAUGUUUAUGAACAAGUACCACGGCAGGAAACUCUCAGUCCAGGGUUUUAAAGAAGCACUUUACCAGUUUUUCCACAAUGGCAAAAACUUACGGCGAGAACUUAUUGAACCUGUACUGAAGAAACUGACAGAACUCAAAGUAGUUUUAGAAACACAGGACUCCUAUCGUUUUUAUUCCAGCUCACUUCUAAUUAUUUAUGACGGAAAAGAAACGCAGGAAGUUCCAAUGGACUCAGAUCCCGAAGACCUAGAGGAUCUCUCCGAGGAGUCGUCGGAUGAAUCUGCGGGAGCCUACGCUUACAAACCAUCCAAAAAUAAGCCCUCCGCUAGCACUGUUGACGUCCGAAUGAUAGACUUUGCACACACCACUUGCAAGUUCUACGGGGAGGAUAGCAUUGUGCAUGAAGGACAAGACACGGGUUACAUUUUCGGACUUCAGAACUUAAUAGCAAUUAUUAAAGAAAUAAGAGAUGAAAAUAGCGAAUAAAAUGGGGAUGCAAACAACAUUUGUAUGAAGCACUAUAUUGACUUUUUAUAUUCCAAUGUAAUGGCCACGUUCUUGUGGUAGAAAUCAUUACAGGAUGAGAUGGGUUUCCCCCCAUCAUAAUGACUUGUUCAAAUGAGGGCAUUUACUUACAGCUGUGCUGAAAAAAUAUCGCUGAUUUAAUGUUUGUCUACUUUAUUUAUUUUAAAAAAAGGUUUCUAAAACAUUCCAAUUUGAUGAUUCAGAUACCUCUGUUACACCAGUGUGUAUGUUCUAAUAUUCCUUUCCUUUUGUUCGUUUGUUUGUACGCGACGCGGCGCUCACACAUGGAAAGAAAACCUUCCGUGUUUGACUGCUUGGAAUAGCGAACCUUUUUUUUUUGUUACAUUAAAGAG